GUCAGCUACCAGUCCGACCUGGGCCCCUACCCCGGCGGGCGCUUCUACGCUAAGCCACACCAGUGUGUGCCCAUCCCCGCCGACUUGCGGCUCUGCCACAGCGUGGGCUACGACAAGAUGGUGCUGCCCAACCUGCUGGACCACGAGACCAUGGCUGAGGUGAAGCACCAAGCGAGCAGCUGGGUGCCGCUGCUCAACAAGAACUGCCACAUGGGCACCCAGGUCUUCCUCUGCUCCCUCUUUGCCCCCGUCUGCCUGGACCGGCCAGUCUACCCGUGUCGCUGGCUCUGCGAGGCCGUGCGUGACUCCUGCGAGCCCGUCAUGCAGUUCUUCGGUUUCUUCUGGCCUGAGAUGCUCAAGUGUGACCAGUUCCCCCAGGACGAUGUCUGCAUUGCCAUGACGGCUCCCAAUGCCACUGAGGUCUCCAGGCCCAAAG